AUGCAGCUCUCGCGCAUCUUCUUCCUGCUCGCGCAUGUCCUGGCUCCGGUAGCCCUCCUCGGUACAACAUGGCUCUACCUUUACCCCUUCUUCGAUGAAGCGUGCUCGUUCCCUUCUCCACCGAAUUCCACUGCGCCCGCGCCGUUUCGAUUACUCGCACUCGGUGAUCCGCAGCUUGAGGGCGACUCGUCUCUCCCAAAAGCCGGCGCAAAGAUCUUCCGCUCGUUCGAUAACCUAGUGGAUCAUGUACGCGUUGCGGAGGCUGCACUGGAGAAGCUGGAUCUCGUACGGAACGCUAUAAAGGGCAUACCGAAGGAUAUCCCCGUUGAUAUUUGGGGCAACGACUGGUACCUCGCGCACAUUGUGCGCACACUGAGGUGGUGGACGAAACCAAGCCAUGUUGCUGUUCUCGGUGAUCUGCUGGGAAGUCAGUGGAUCAGCGAUGAGGAGUUUGAGAGGAGGAGCAGGAGGUAUUGGGAUAUUGUAUUCCGAGGUUUGGAGAAGGUGCCGGAGCGUAUCAUGACGGGCUAUGAAGAAGGAGAGCUAGAUGCAGAGAACGAGAAGGAAGAGAAACAAGCAGAUGAUGGAGAAAGGCAAGAGCGGGAAAAGAGGUGGGGUGGCACUGUCGAAAUACUUGGGGAAGAUCCAUCCUGGGCCAAAAGAGCUAUCAACAUCGCCGGGAAUCACGAUAUCGGCUACGCAGGGGACAUCGACACAAAUCGAAUGGAGAGGUUCGAGCAUCAGUACGGGAAGGUGAACUGGGAUAUUGUGUUCACCCUUCCGAACACUACUCUCGGGAAUACUGAAGAGCAGAACGAUCCUCCAGCGCUCCGUCUUGUCAUCCUCAAUACCAUGAACCUCGACACGCCCGCCUAUGACGGCGAUCUCCAGCGCGAGACGUACGACUUCAUAAACCACGUCGUCACCACAUCUCGCUCUGUGAACGACAAGACGCACGCCACUAUUUUACUUACGCACAUCCCACUACACAAAGAUUCAGGCGUGUGCGUCGACAGCCCGUUCUUCGAUUUCUUCGACGGCGGAGGUGUCAAGGAGCAGAACAUGCUCUCGGAUCACGCCUCGAAGAUCGUUCUAGAGAGCAUGUUUGGCCUGAGCAGCAACCAGCACGCCGAGGGCCAAGGCUUCGGACGGCGCGGCAUCAUCAUCAACGGGCAUGACCACGCUGGGUGCGAUCUACUCCAUUACAUCGUACAACCGGGUGUCGCUAGUGGGUGUCCGGAGAAUGUUGAUGAGCACCAGAUACAUCUCCCACCUGCGUUGGCAAACGCUAGUACUUCGUUAUUCAUCGAGGAAGUGCUGAAAGAUAGCUUCGACGCCAACGACACCCUUUCCGACCUCAACCUUCCAAGCCAAGACUCCAGCGAAGAAGCUGAGACUGAAGCUGAACAUGAACCAGAAUCCGAAGAGCAACAGACCAAGUGGCAGGCGCAGCGCGUCCCGUACCUCCCGUACAAAGCCACCUCAAGCGGCGAAUGCAUCGCCCUCAACACCGUCCCUCGCAUCCGCGAAGUCACCCUACGGAGCAUGAUGGGCGAGUUCUCCGGCUACGCAGGUUUUCUCUCUGCGUGGUUCGACGUCAGCGCAGGUGAGAAGGGGGAAUGGAAGAUUGAGGUGAGCACGUGUGGGUUGGGCGUGCAGCAUUGGUGGUGGGCGGUGCAUAUUGUGGACGUAAUUCUGGUAUUGGCGUUGAUUGUGGGAGGUGUGCUAGUUUUGAUUGAGGCCAAGACGAAUGAUGCUUCCAAGACUGACGAUGUCAAGACUAUAGACCUGAACGCUAGUAAGCACAAUAAUGGCAAAGUGGGGCAAGCACAGGAGCUGGACAUGUUGUAG